CAGGGGUUUACGGAUGUAAAGCAGCAGUCACUUGGCUGGCCUAUUUUGUAAGCGAACCACUCCCAAAGUUUGAGCCAAAUAUUUUUGCUAUUUUUUCACUUCGAUUGCAGUUUGGAAAGAAGAAAGUGCUUUCCUAAUACCCUUUGGUUGUUCCUGCAACUAUUUACGGGUAAAGGGUGACGUUUUCUCGGUGGAAAAUCACUUUUUUCGGGGUAAACCAGUACACGUUUUGAGAAGAGCAAGAGAGAGAUCAAAGUGUUACAAGACUUCAACCUCCUUUAUACUCGAUCGAACAGCUUGAAGACGGCGAAAGAUGAGUGGAGAAAUUGAGAGGCUUCGGCAAGAAGCCGAAACACUGAGGACCGAAAUAAGAGAUGCCCGUAAGGUGGCUGCUGAUACAACUUUGAUGCAGGUUGCAUCUAAUGUUGAAGCAGUUGGCAGAAUACAAAUGCGCACCAGGAGAACUCUUAGGGGUCAUUUAGCAAAGAUUUAUGCUUUACAUUGGGCAACUGACUCAAGAAAUCUAGUUAGUGCGUCACAAGAUGGCAAGCUUAUUGUUUGGGAUUCAUAUACAACAAACAAGGUUCAUGCAAUUCCACUAAGGUCCAGCUGGGUUAUGACUUGUGCUUACGCUCCAUCAGGAAACUUUGUAGCAUGCGGUGGUCUUGACAAUAUCUGUUCCAUAUACAGUUUAAAAACUCGGGAAGGCAAUGUGAAAGUCAGUAGGGAGUUACCUGGACACACGGGGUAUCUUCCAUGCUGUAGAUUUUUGGAUGACUCUCAAAUUAUCACCUGCUCUGGUGAUAUGACCUGCUGUUUGUGGGAUAUUGACACUGGUCAACAAACCACAACCUUUCAUGGACAUACUGGAGAUGUUAUGUUUCUGUCUCUUGCUCCUGAUGGACGGUCGUUUGUUUCCGGAGCAUGUGAUGCUUCUGCCAAAAUUUGGGAUAUCAGAGAUGGGAUCUGUACACAAACAUUUACAGGCCAUGAAUCAGAUAUCAAUGCUGUAUCGUAUUUCCCUAAUGGCAAUGCAUUUGCAACUGGUUCAGAUGAUGCUACGUGUCGUUUGUUUGACAUUAGAGCUGACCAGGAAGUCAUAGUCUAUUCUCAUGACAAUAUUAUCUGUGGCAUUACAUCAGUUGCCUUCUCCAAAAGUGGUCGUUUACUUCUGGCUGGUUAUGAUGAUUUCAAUUGUAAUGUGUGGGACACAUUAAAAGGAGAACGGGCUGGCGUUUUAGCAGGACACGAUAAUCGCGUCAGUAAUCUUGGUAUUACUGAAGAUGGCAUGGCAGUAUGCACUGGAAGUUGGGAUAGUUUCCUCAAGAUUUGGAAUUAACACAUUUGGACUGAAAAGCCAAACUUUGAGACUCUGCGACGAGUAUAUACAUUUAUUUUGUAAAAUGUACAUCAAAAAACACUGAUCAGUUUACCAUCAAAAUGCAUUUUGAUAGUCAGUACAUGGAGGUUAUGAUGGACAGCACAGACAAAGAUGACAGGUCAUAUUGUACAUGAUAUUUAAAUGAGAAUUUAUAGGGUAAAACACUUUACAUAUUAUGAUAUUUGAAGUUGGUUUUAAGUUGCCAUUAUGUCGCUUAUUGCAUGAAAAAAGUCUAAAGAAAAUUAUGUUGCAGCUUUUUGUAGUCUACUAUGUGAAGCAAAAAGUUGUUAACAUAAUUUGGAGUCGAUUUUCUCUGCUGUUAUUGGUUAUAACCUAAUUGUAUAUGGCUUGCAUUAAGUCUUGCCCAGAAAUGUCAGGGGCAUACAUAGCAGUCUCUUAAUGGCAAUGAUGAUGGUGCAUAACUAAUUGUUGUAAAAAAUCUGGGGCUUCCUCUCUACAUGUCAAUGACAGCACAUUAUUGAAAAACAUUGUAUUAGUCAUCUUAGAAUUUCCGUAGCAAUUGAAUUAAGAAAAUUAGUUUUGAUGUAGGUAAUGGUGUGCUUGAUAGUUGAUUAUCCACUUUAUUUAGCCAUUUUCAAUAACAACUGUGGUUAUCUAGUUAUCUGAUUAAAUCACUGUAAGAUUUUCCAAACUACUGUAGAUUGCUUUUAAAAUUGUGGUUAAAUGAUAGCACUUAGGGCACACCAUUAGGGUAAGAGCAUGUGUUUGUAUUAUUUUGGUUAACAAAUAACCUUAGUGCAGACAUGUAUUUGGUAGAUAUAUAGGUUAGUAAAUUAUCACAAAUAUGCUGUAUUUGAAUAUAAAUGAAAAGAUGAGACUUAACAUUA